AUGGUUGCGCCCGCUGUCCCUGAGUAUGUUGCUGUCCCCGGUUUACGUGUUCCCCCGGAUUGCAUGCGCAUGGCAAUUGUCUUUGAUCGACAGGGGAUCCAUGAGGAGGAGGAAAUCUAUGUUGCCGUUGAAGCGCGUACCGACUCCUUGCAGAGCUUGCGGGAGCUGGGGCCCCCAGAUUUGGUAUAUUUGGUGAAGCAGCCCAAGGCGAACUCAACUCGCCAGACCGGUGUUUACCACCAUGUGACAGGAAUCGAUGCCUCUUCGUCUGCCAGUCUCGCCGCCUAUGUGAACACCCUUACCUUCUCCCCGCUCGACAAGACACACAAAGUAGUAUCAGGAAUUUACUGCUGCUACAAUGCUUUCUCGCACCUGGACAUGAGAGUAGAGGUUAAGAUUCCUGGCAGCUUGGAGGCGUAUUGCAUAGAUGAGCGCGGAGACAAACGGGUAGCCACUGAGGCUUUGUGGCUUGAAACCUUUCUCUGUGCCGUGCUCAGAGCUUAUAUCUACGCCGAUGAUGGAAGCGGAGACCAAAUCAAGAAGAUUGUCGGUGUCCGGCGCUUUAACCCAAUUACCAAUACAGAAAUGGAGCACAAGUUCUUGGACGCUGCCGAGAAACUUUUCUUCCUCGGGCGCCAACUGAGCUCCGACCCUGAAACCCAAGUUCCGAACACAGUGAGUAACCACCUCACUUCGGGCAUCCUCAAAUACAUCCACACCACGGGCCGUUACACAUCCGGAAUCAAUCUAUUCGAGAAGCUGCGCACGCGGGAUGUCGAGGUCUCGUCACUCUUAGCACGAGUACAGUUGAUGGCCGACGAGGAGGUCCAAGCAGUGCGAUUGCUGUAUGAUGCUCUGCAGGAUGUACCAAUGGACUACGCUCUGCUCGAUUGCCAGGCGUCUUUCUGCCAGACUAAGGGCGAGGGCGAGAUGGCCUUGGAGUGUGCCGAACGAGCUGUCACUGCGGCACCUAGCGAGUUCACUACCUGGGCUCGUUUGGCCGAAGUAUACGUUGGAAUGGAACAAUGGGAUUUGGCUUUGCUCACUCUUAAUUCCUGUCCCAUGUUUACAUACCAAGAUAAAGAUACACCACGCAUGCCACAGCCAUCCCGAAUUAUGUUGCCUAUUCUUUCCGAAAGCAUGCUCGAUGAGAUCGAUGAAGGUCAGCCCAAGCAAGGAGAUCCACAUGACUAUAUUCAUCCCUCCCUGCGGAAAUUGCAUGCUGCCAGCUACCAAGGUACAUUCUUGAAGGCAUAUAACCUGCUCACGAAGGUCGCCGCGGCAAUUGGGUGGGAUCAACUACUGAGAGUCCGGAGCGAGGUAUUUGUCAUGGAGGAGGAAUAUCGUGUUGAGCGCCAGCAUGUGCCUAAGCCUGCGCAAUCACUUGAUGCGGAGAUCAAUGGUGAUAGCAUCAGCGACGAGACCGAGGAUAAGGAAGAUACAGGCUCCGUUUCAGGUCCUGGCUUAGUGGAACCCUCAAACGAGGCUGCCGCCAAUGGUCUUUCAAAUGAGGCAGCGGCUGAGAGCUCUAUCGAGCGCCCAGAACAAACCGUAGCCUCGGAGGUAGUCAAGUCCGGUAACGAUGAUCCGGAUCCAUCACACAGUGGAUACACUCAAUUCCGCAAUAAGCGCCUCUGUGAGCGAUGGCUAGACAAUCUUUUUAUGGUUUUGUAUGAGGACCUCCGAAUUUACACCAUCUGGCGGACAGAAAUGGCCCAAUUCCGCCAGCAGGCGAUGGAGUACAAGAAGUCCCCCACCGAAUGGGAGAUACUGGGUGAAUUAGCAGAGCGACUCCACCACUUCGACGAGGGAAUUGAGGCUUACCAGAACGGUUUGGCCAUGCGAUUCUCACCCAAGGCCAUGCGUGGUCUGCUUAAGCUUUACGAAAAAAGAAAUGAUACCCGUGGAAUGCUGGGGGCACUUAUCCGUCUUAUCGCAUGGCAAUAUCGUUGGUAUUCUGAGUUCUCUCCGGAGCUCUUGUUCAUGAUGCGCAAGUUGAUUGAGGAUGAGGGUGCUGUCAAGGUUCGCAGUAUUGUUCAGGCUACCAAUCUCCCUCAGCCUGUUUUAGACCUCACCCAUCAAUACUGCCAGCUGUGUGCCACGUUCCGUAGCAGUGGAAGUGACACUUAA